AAUAUUAUACUCUAUAGUCUAUAAGUUACCAUUAUAAAUAGGUAUUUGGUACUAAAUAAUAAAUAGUGAACUUUCUGUUAAAAUAGAUCUAAUUAUUUCGCUUACAUUCGUGAAUAGUAGAUUACUUAAUUUUAUAAUAAAAUUAAUUUUCAUUAAAUUUAGUCCACAUCAACGAUCAUGAAAUUAGUGAUUCCAGAGAUUUCUUGGCACAAUCGUGACCCCGUACUUAGCGUUCAUUUUCAACCUGUUGCUGAAGAUGGAUUUUAUCGACUGGCUACUGGUGGAUCAGAUUCUCAUGUUUUUAUAUGGAGAAUGAAAGUAGAUGGUUCUAAUGUGACUGUUGAAUUUGCUGCUGAUUUGACCAAGCAUCAAAAGGCUGUAAAUACUGUACGCUUUUCACCCAAUGGACAAUGGUUAGCUAGUGGUGACGAUGAGUCUGAUAUUUUCUUAUGGAAAUUUAAAUCAGAAAAUGGUCCUGAUCAGAGACCUGAUUUGUUGGAAGAUGAUGAAUCCAAAAAUCUUGAAAAGUGGGUUUGUCAUAGUGUAUUGAGAGGCCACCUAGAAGAUGUUUAUGAUUUAUCUUGGUCUCCAGAUUCUAAACAACUGAUAUCUGGUGGUGUUGAUAAUAAAGCAAUUAUUUGGGAUAUUGAAAAUGGACGCUAUAAAGCAAUACUUAAUGAUCAUAAAGGUUUUGUACAAGGAGUGGCUUGGGAUCCUUUAAAUGUGUAUGCUGCCACUCUAAGUAGUGACAGAACUCUAAGAGUGUUUAAUACGAAAAAUUGUAAAUUAUUCAGUAAAUGUGAUAAAUGUGUCCCUUUGGAAAAAAAAAGUGAUGGCGAAGAAAUAAAAAUUAGACUUUUCCAUGAUGAUACACUAAAGUCUUUUUUCCGGCGGAUUGCAUUUUCCCCUGAUGGUCAAAUUUUAGUAACUUCAUCUGGUAUCGUAGAGACAAUUGAUGAGGAAAACAAAAUUAAAAGUACCACGAACGUCAGCUAUGUGUUUGCCAGAAAAUCAUUUACUAAGCCUGUACUAUACAUACCAUCUCUUGACCAAUAUUCAGUUGCUGUUCAAUUUUCGCCAAUUUUGUAUGAACUUAAAGAAGAAACAAAAUCGGUGUUUGAUUUACCAUACCGGAUGAUAUAUGCCAUAGCAACAAAUACAAGUAUUUUAUUGAUGGAUACCCAACAUGCUGCUCCAUUUGCUUACAUUGGUGAUAUACAUUAUACUCGUUUGACAGACCUAUCAUGGUCUUCUGAUGGACAGUUACUUAUAGUAUCUUCAUCAGAUGGAUUUUGUUCAAUUAUAAGCUUUACAAAAGAAGAAUUAGGUAUAAAAUACAAGGGUGACACACAAAUUAAGCCAGAGCCAAUAGAAAUAUUUGAGUCAAUUGUUCAAGAAGAUACUGAAGUUAAAGAUCUUCCGAUUAUAGUCAUUCCAUCGCAAACGGAACAAAAUGAAGAAAAACAAAUUGCUGAUCGUUCUGAAGCUCCUACAAAAAAAAGAGUGCAAUUGGUCAGACUUUCUAGUCCUAAAAUCAAUAAAUAUGUAAAUAAGUAACAGUGUAAUUAUUUAUUUUUGUAUUUUUUAUUAUUUAUAUGAGA